AUGAAUUAUGAUUAUAUAGGUGCAAUAAAAAUAAAAGAUGGCUUAUUUUUAGGAGAUUAAUUUGCUGCACAGGUAUUCUUUAAUGGUUAGAUUAGGAUCUUGAAUUUAUAGUUACUAACAAAGUUUCAAGAAUUAUUAACUGUGCAUCAAAAUAAAUACCAAAUCACUGGGAAUCAAUUGGGAUUGUUUAUAUGUCUUUUCCAUGGCUUGAUAAUGAUUAAUAAGUAUUAACCAUCUCUAAAUCUAUAGGUUAUUUUUCAAUAGGAUGAAAUAAUAAAUAAUAUCAUUAAAUUUAUAGAUGAUGCAUUAAAUAAUGGAGAAAGUGUUAUUAUUUUAUCAGUUAAAGGACAUAAUAGAUCUGUUGCAACUUUAUGUGUUUAUUUCAUGAAGAAAUAUAGAUGGACUCUAUAUAAAACACUUCAAUAUAUGCAUAAUAGAAGACCAGAUUUAGAAAUUAAAGCACAUUUCUUUAAUUAAUUAUUAUCAGUUGAAACUAGAUUAUAAAAAUAAGGUUAUGGUGCUAAGACUUAUAAUUGGGAUGAAGUUUAUACAUAAGGUGAAAAUGAUGAAAUUGUUUUAAGAAAUACAUAUUUAAACUCUUAAGCAUAAGGUGUAGCAGAAUUUAAAGAUCAUGAUCCAAAACCAAAAGAAUCUAAGUUUAAAUAUUAAUUAUAAUCUUAGAUUAAAAUUUGCUGAAAAGGUUUCUAUGUAUAUUCCACCCUAUGAUAAAAUAAUAUUCUCAAAAACACGAUAAGUUUAAGAUGCAAAACCAAUUAUUAAAUUAUCAGGUUCAUCAAAAUAAAUUGAUCCUUCAUUUCAAUAAUUAACUUAAAAAUAAUAAUCUUUAAAUAUACAAGAUUAAUCAAUUUAAUAAACAUAAAAAGAUUCAUAAAAAUCAAGUUUAUAAUAAAUCUAGCCUUAUCCCUAAAGACCCUAAUCUUAAGGAACUUAAUAACAAAGAUUAACUAAAAGUGAUAGUGUUAAAUCUGGAUAAAUCUAUGAUAAUAAUAAUUGUAAACUUAUUUAUUAUAUCUAUUAGAACCUUAAAAAGUUUAAAUGAAUAAUUUUAUGGAUUCAAGAGAAUAAUUUAUAUAAAAGUCUUAAUAAAUUAGUGGAACUCGUCGACCUUAAACUGCCCCUAAUUAAUUAAAAGCUCCCAGAAUUUAAACUACUCCAUAUAAGAGAAAUACAAGCUCAGGAUAAAGAUAAGAAGCUGGAUCAUAACCAAAUACAUAAUUCAAACCUAUGAGAUAGAGAGCUUAAUCUCCUAAUUCUGCUUAUAAUUCCUAAAAUCCAUAUAUACAAAGAUAAUUUAAAGCUAAAGCAUGGAAAAAAUGA